AUGCCACCCUGCGCCGGACUUCAAAAAUCCCCCAUCUCUUUAACUUUUGGAAAAAGUUCCCCUGUGACCCAUCUCGAUUUCAGGUUUAAGAAUGAAGGUAGACUGCAAGUAAGACCGAGGCUACAUCCUUUAUUCGCUUCAGAGGGAUCAGAUGAAACUAUACGAGCUGAUGCUGCUCAAGAAUCUUCCCCCUUCGCUUCAUGGUUGUCUUCUCCAACUGUUGCUGGCAAUUACGCCUUCAUCAGAAGUGGCAGAUUGGCAGUAAUAACCGGCAUCCAUACAUCACCUGAACUACUUAAGAGGCCGGCAUCCAUACAUCACCUGAACUACUUAAGAGUGACCCGACUGCUGGUCUCUGCAGCCAUUGCUGAAGCUAUCAUCUCAUCUACAUUGUCCAACUUGAUGAUAAUUUACAAUGCUGCAAACAUGUAA